AGGAGUGUGAGCCGGCGAUUGCAGCGGAGGCGGUGAUGUCGGUGCAGGUCGUGUCAGCAGCGGCUGCCGCGAAGGUGCCUGAGGUGGAGCUGAAGGACCUGAGCCCCUCCGAGGCGGAGCCGCAACUGGGACUGAGCACGGCGGCCGUGAGCGCCAUGGCCCCCCCGGCGGGCGGCGGGGACCCUGAGGCUCCAGCUCCCGCCGGGGAGCGGCCCCCGGCCCCUGGCCCGGCCUCGGGGCCCGCCGCCGCUCUCAGCCCCGCCGCUGGGAAAGUGCCUCAGGCGUCGGCCAUGAAGCGGAGCGACCCUCAUCACCAGCACCAGCGGCACCGCGACGGCGGCGAGGCCUUGGUCAGCCCCGACGGCACCGUCACCGAGGCGCCGCGCACAGUCAAGAAGCAGAUCCAAUUUGCUGACCAGAAACAAGAAUUCAACAAACGUCCCACCAAACUUGGACGUCGCUCUCUGUCUCGUUCCAUUUCUCAGUCAUCUACUGACAGCUAUAGCUCAGCGGCUUCAUAUACAGAUAGCUCUGAUGAUGAGACAUCUCCCAGGGACAAGCAGCAAAAGAACUCCAAGGGAAGUAGUGACUUCUGUGUCAAGAACAUCAAACAGGCAGAGUUUGGACGAAGAGAAAUUGAAAUUGCUGAACAAGAAAUGCCGGCACUGAUGGCUUUGAGGAAGAGAGCUCAAGGAGAAAAACCUUUGGCUGGAGCCAAGAUUGUGGGUUGCACACACAUCACUGCUCAGACUGCUGUGCUUAUGGAAACUCUAGGUGCUCUGGGGGCACAGUGCCGAUGGGCUGCCUGCAACAUCUAUUCCACUCUCAAUGAAGUGGCUGCUGCUCUAGCAGAAAGUGGAUUUCCUGUCUUUGCCUGGAAAGGAGAGUCAGAAGAUGACUUUUGGUGGUGCAUUGAUAGAUGUGUGAAUGUGGAAGGCUGGCAGCCGAACAUGAUCUUGGAUGAUGGAGGGGAUCUUACUCACUGGAUUUAUAAGAAGUAUCCCAACAUGUUUAAGAAAAUCAAGGGCAUAGUAGAGGAAAGUGUUACUGGAGUCCAUAGGCUGUACCAGCUAUCCAAAGCUGGGAAGCUGUGUGUUCCAGCCAUGAAUGUCAAUGACUCAGUCACCAAACAGAAAUUUGACAACCUCUACUGUUGCCGUGAAUCAAUUCUUGAUGGACUUAAAAGGACAACAGACAUGAUGUUUGGUGGAAAGCAGGUGGUGGUUUGUGGCUAUGGAGAGGUAGGGAAGGGGUGCUGUGCUGCCUUAAAAGCCAUGGGCUCCAUUGUGUAUGUAACUGAGAUUGACCCCAUCUGUGCUCUUCAAGCCUGUAUGGAUGGAUUUCGACUGGUGAAAUUAAAUGAGGUCAUCCGACAAGUGGAUAUUGUAAUUACCUGUACAGGUAACAAGAAUGUGGUAACCAGAGAGCACUUGGAUCGCAUGAAGAAUAGCUGCAUCGUUUGUAAUAUGGGACAUUCCAACACGGAGAUUGACGUGGCGAGUCUGCGGACACCGGAACUGACCUGGGAGCGAGUGAGAUCUCAAGUUGACCAUGUAAUAUGGCCUGACGGCAAGAGGAUAGUAUUGCUGGCAGAGGGCCGUCUGCUGAAUCUAAGCUGCUCCACAGUGCCUACAUUUGUGCUUUCAAUCACCGCUACUACUCAGGCUCUUGCCUUGAUAGAGCUUUACAAUGCUCCUGAGGGUCGCUAUAAGCAGGAUGUCUACUUGUUGCCCAAGAAAAUGGAUGAGUAUGUGGCGAGCCUACACCUGCCCACCUUUGAUGCCCACCUGACAGAGCUGACAGAUGAACAGGCCAAGUACCUGGGACUCAACAAGAAUGGGCCCUUCAAGCCUAAUUACUACAGGUAUUAAGUUCCUGUAACUCAAGCCAGAAGAAGUUUUAAGGACUAGAACUCCAAGUCUUUUCUCCACUCCUAUACAGGAAAGAACCCAAGCUGCUUCUCUAAUCAGCUGCCUGCCGUGCUCACCCUAUAUGUUAGGUUAUUUAUUUAUUAAAAUCUAGAAUCCUGUGCCUGCCA